GUAUAACUCCUAGGACUCUACAUAAUGGACGUGCUAUUAGGUCGAGAGCUUCUCUCUUGUCAGACAUGCCCUAUACGCUCUUUAUCCUCAGUUGCUCUCUCCUCCUCACCGUUCCUUUCCUUUCUCUUCUCCUCGUCUUCAUUACAUAUCGUAGAGGUGAAGUGCAACUUUCACAUCACGACGCGCCUCUGCUCUAUGCCUUAAUUUCUGCUCUGGCGAUUUUGUCUACUUUGUCGGGACUCCUACGGCUUUUGGAUCUAAACCUCUCUCUUGGACAUGCUGUACAAGCAAGUCGUACCGUGCUCGUUGUGAUCUUGAGCUGCAGCAUGAUAUAUCUCAUAUCAUCGACCAAUCAAUCGGAGGUCCUUUCGAAAGCUGCCCUCAAUACUUACGUUGCUUCACUGUCGGUGCUGCUGUUAUGUGGCACCGUUCUAACCUACACUGGGCACGUAACCCCAGUUCUACCGCCGCUUUUCUAUCUCCUAUUCUCAACUGCAACACUUCCUCUCCUCGUCUACAUUAUUCUUGCUCAGCAUUGUAGAUUCACCUCGUCUUGUCGGGCACCUCGCUUUGUCACCGUGAUGUUCCCCCACGAUGGACGAGAGGACGUGGAAAAAACCACUCCAUCCAACAUAACCGUGUCUCCCCAUGGGUCCUGCAAAAAGUCAUCCCUCGAUAAUAUUCCGUUACCAGUCACGAUCACUUUCCCCAGUCCGACUCAUACCCGCUGUCAGCCACUGUGCGAUCAUAGUAUUGACUUUCCCGUUCGUAUGAGGACUCGCUCUGGUCAAACGAGCGAAGCUAAAACACCGCCACGCACGCCAACGCGCACUCGAACUUGGAGUACGCCUCCGAGGAUGUUUCCUCACCAGAGAACGCCGUCGUUGUCAGCGCGUUCUGUGUCAUCAACGCCCUCAUUACCACGUACUUCAUUCAAACUCUCAUUCUGGGUUUACCUACUCGCCGCACAAAUGAGUGCACUUUUAUCGCAGCUUUUUGAGGUGUGUUACCACACAUUGAUUUCUUCGAGGCAUUCAGAAGCAAUAAAUGGUAGGUGUCUCCCCUUUGUCGGAUUCCAAUACGACUCGAAUUCAAAUGAUACCUCCCUUCAUUUUAAAUCUCAUAUAAUACAGUUUCUCGCAGCAUGUUCAAUUUCGAACCUGUCAUACCCGAGGCCACCGAUCUGUCCUUGGUGGCAAUGGGCUUUAUAGUCAACCUUACACUAGUCGUUUCAGUUGGGUGUGUGACGAAAAGCCUGUUAUUACUCACCACCUUCUCGACGCGGAUGCAGUCCUGUCAUCCUCAUACACGGACCGUAUAUGCUCCUAGCAAUCAUUCUCACUCUCCACAGUCGAAUCCUCUUGAACCGAGAAAAUUCGCCUGUAUGGCCGAUGGCGUUGCACCUACCGUCAAUACCAGCAACCUGGAUACUAAAACGGCCUUGGGGUUGGCGCCCAGUUGCUCAGUGUCUCACAAAAUGCCGCAUAUAUUACCAUGGAUACCUGCAAAGUACAACUUUGAGUACCACGAGGAAGCAGAGGAACAGGCGCCGGCUGCUCAUCACCAUCGACAGCGGGAAGGGGAGGAACGGCAACUUUCGACGUCUUCCUCCUCUGUUCGGGACAAGGUUAGCCCCGCACCGCCUACGCGGCAGACGCAUAUAUCUCAUAUAUCUAUGUAUUCGGAACACCUGCCUAUUACUCCCCCCUUAACGAAGGACAAUACACGAACCCCACCCUCGACAGGUGGCCUGCGCCUCACACCACCAUCACUAGCGAAUCACAUAAGAAUCCUUACGGAAAGGCAGGCCACAACUUUCGCUCGGAGUCACUCGCACUCGUCAUCUUUUGAGUUGCCCGGUGUGGCAUCGUUGUCGAUGAGGAUAGGUCACGAUCCACGAUUUUUUCAUGAUAUUGAAGAUGAAGACAGAUAUACGAUACCACAUUCACCUACACCUGUGACUCGUAAGAAGAAGCCCAUCCCGCCUGUUGUCAGGGUGAAUGUUCAGGAGGAAGUCGAUGUUACGAGGGACAUCCCUACGCGACCUAGGACUGAUUCCAUUCUUACAACUCCAGUGCGACGACGCCGUCCCCGCCGUCCUUGGACAAGUGAGGGUACGGUCUCGAGUGAAGGCGGAAUAGGAAGCGAAGGAAAUGUUGCCAGUACGAGAAGAAGCACGUCUACAUUUUCAACCUUCUUCUCUUCCAUUUCGGUGGGGAGAUGGAGCGAUAUCUUUCACCUGGGAAGUGGUGGACACGCUAACCACAACAAAAGCGCCAGUCAAGGAUCGCUCAGAAGGGCAGACGGGUUCGAAAGGCUGAAUGAUCCUUACGAAAAGUCGGGUCAGAAGUUUCUAGCGCCGCUGCCCUUAGACCAAUGGGAACUCGAGAUUCUGGAGCUAGGUCUAGGGCCUACUUCUUCCAGAUCAAGCAACGCAACGAUUACUCCUCCUAAAUGGACCCUAAAGAAAUCAUUCACCCAACUUCAGGAUCACACAGCCUGUUCAGCCUGGUUGUCUGACCCUGAUCCUUUCGCUGCUCCACCAAGAGGCGCUGUGACGUUUGUGAGCAGCGUCAAGGACCAAGGAGUGACUAGGUUUGGAGUGGGCGAAUCCAGGGAAGAUUUUGAGCAAUCACAACCUCCGACAAGGAUGUCGGCGUGGGGGAAAUUGGUGUUACCCGUACCUUCAAUUUCACAUAUUCCUGUUGUUCCCCCACUUCCAACUAUCGCCACUGGUGAAACAAGGACGGGUCGCUCAAUACGACGCCCGAGCUCGACGAAAAAUUUAAAGCCGGCUUCGUCAGCGGUACCUUCUUCCCCUUUUAUUCCCACUGUCCUACGAGAUCCAUCGUUGUACUAUCGGCCUGGUCUACCGAGGUCCGUCAGCACCCCUGAUGUUAGAAAAGAGACGUUCUCGCCAUCGAAGUCUACGCUCACAACAAACCAUACUCAAACCAGCACUUCUCCUUUGCAUCAUGAGAUGCCGGUCGAGGAGGCACUGUUAGCUCAGAGACUUCUCUGGAAGUUGAACAUGGAUAGCCGUCGAAUGCCGACUCCAACUGAGAGGAAGAAAAAGCGAGGGAAAAGUAAUGGUCAUGUUGAGAGGAAUGGGGAAAGUGACUGUUCGGAGACUCAAAAGAGGAGCAAGAGCUUGGUGGGCCGCAGGUAGAGAGCGAGGUAGUUACGCCAUCCAAGCGUAGCCUUAGCGUCAAGAAUGUGUUGCUGGUUUAGACGGCCCAGCCGUAUUGGUUUCUAUUGAGUGUUUUUUAUUCUUCCAUUCGUCGCUCUUUGACUGUUUGCCGUUCUUUCUAAGCUAUUGUUCCCUCUGUUUUUAUCAAAGACCCUGUAUGUACUUGAAUUAUUGUCGUCGUAUAUUCCACCUUGUAUUAUAAGUCUACGCAUAGCUGAUCAACUGUAGACAAGAAAGCAUGGUAUCUAUUGCCCCUUGUUUUCUUCUGCGGCCA